AUGCAUGGCCCAGUCAUGUCGUUGCGUGCAAACCGUCCUCUACUAGAGAAGGCCACCAUAACACUGCGGCACGCCGUUGAAGUGGCAUAUGCAUCCGGUCUAUUGGGGCCGCCUCCUCGCACUCUUGCGGGGGUGCCGGAGGCGGGCGCCUUCGCGCCGCACUCUGUGGCUGACCCAAUGGGGCCACGCCCAGAAUUCAGCGUGGGCGGCGGCGACGGUGAGCAUGAGAGGACGCGUGAUCGGAUUCUUUUUGCGUCCCGCUGUGCGGAGGGAGCGAGUGUAGCUGCAUCCUCAUCGACGGUGUCGAUCGCCCACUUGGAGGGAAUCGUGCGGCGCGUUGUGUGCGGCAACCUUGACGGCGAUGUGGUCCUACAGCUGAUCCUCGAGGUGGCGGAGGGCAAGGAGCGACUCCCAUUUGCGGCCCGGUGGCGCCCAGGCAGCCCUGAGGCUCUGCAGGGGCUGAAAGGCGGGAAGUACGUGGAGGAAGUGAACGAGCGGCUUGAAGGGAAGCGAGUGCUCUUGAGCGGGAGGCUGCAGGUGGAGGAGCGCUACGAUGCGCAGAGCAAGAUGCUGCACAAGGUGCCGGUGCUGAUGCUGCUACCAACGCCGUCUCUUGAGGGAAGCGGUUUGUCUUUUCUUGGCGACUGA